AUGUCACCCAGCACGGCUCUGGCUCUAGCGUCGGCUGCCAAAGACGUUAUUAGAAGGCUGUCUUGUAUCAGCGAUGAAAAGUAUUCUUUUAGCACGGCCAGCUGUGAGCCGUAUAACACGGCCUGGGUGGCCAUGGUCACCAAAACGUCCAACGGCCAGAAGAAGUGGCUAUUCCCCGAAUGCUUCUACAACUUGUUGAAGACGCAGGCCGAAGAUGGAAGCUGGGCUCGCCACCCCCAGACCCAAACGACCGGCGUGCUGGGAACAGCCGCGGCUCUGUUGGCCUUGUUGAAGCACCUCAAGGAGCCCCUCCAAGUCUACGACGUAUCUGCUGACGAGCUCCGCAAGCGCGUCGCACUGGGAACUGAGUCCUUGAGGACUCAGCUGCAAGACUGGGACGACGCCCAACGCACCAAUCACAUCGGCGUAGAGCUCAUCGCGCCGGCCCUGUUCGCCUACCUCGAGCAGGAGGACCCGAGCAUGCGCUUCCAGUUCCCCGCCCGGGCGGCACUCCAGGAGAUGUACGAGGCCAAGAUGGCUCGCUUUAAGCCCGAACAUUUGUACAAGCAAAAGGUCUCGACGGCCGCCCACUCGCUCGAGGCCUUUAUCGGCAAGAUCGAUUUUGACCGCGUUUCUGGCCACCUCUGGCAUGGUUCCAUGAUGGCUUCGCCGUCGGCCACCGCGGUAUACCUAAUGCAUGCGUCAGUGUGGGAUGACGAAGCUGAGGGUUUCCUACGGCAUGUCUUGGAGGCCGGGGCCGGCCACGGCGAUGGCGGGGUGCCGGGGACCUUCCCAACGUCGUAUUUCGAGUACAGCUGGGUCGUCGUAACACUCCUGCAGGGCGGUUUCUCCGUCCAGGAUCUAGGCCCAGAGGAGCUAGGCAUCAUAGCCGAUCAUCUCGAAUGUGCAUUCAAAGAAGAAGGCGGGAUCAUUGGGUUCGCUCCCCGAGCCCCAGACGCGGAUGACACGGCCAAAGGGCUCAUGGCUCUCCACCUGAUGGGACGCCACGUCGCCCCGGACCAGAUGAUCAAAGUGUUCGAGGGCCGUAACCAUUUCACUACAUUCGGCUCCGAGCGGGAUCCCAGCUUGACAUCCAACUGCCAUGUCCUGCUCACUCUGCUGCGGCAGCCCGACAUAUCUCAGUACUACCCACAGAUCAUCAAAACGGCCAACUUUAUUUGCGAGUACUGGUGGGCGAGCGAUGGCCGCAUCCGAGAUAAAUGGCAUUUGAGCCAUUUGUACCCGACAAUGCUGCUGGCUAAGGCAUUCACUGAGCUAUCCGGCCACCUAGAAAGCGGCGCCUUACUUGAAACCGCGGGUCAACAGCUGCUCUGGCGCGUCCGCAUUUGUCUGUUCCAGGCCUGCCUCCGCGCGCUCCUGGAGCAGGAUGACGAGGACGGCUCCUGGGGAGGCUUCCCCGAGCAGACGUCGUACGCCAUCCUCACGCUGGCUGAGGCGCGAAAAAGCAGCCUCUUCGACGGCAUCGCCGGUGAAGUCCAGGCUGCCAUCGACCGCGGCGCCCGCUUCCUAGAAACGCGAAAGAUCGAGCACCGCGACCACGGCUGGACGUCCAAGGCGGCAUACCGCGUCGCGUUCGUCGCCGAGGCGUACGAGCUCGCGGCGCUCAAUGUACAGCUUCUUGGCAGGAAAGUCACCGACGCAGGCCGCAGCCCGACGAUGCCCUCCUCCAGGCCCAGGUUGGAGGAGGCCUACACUGAGAUUCUCAAACGAACGCCUCUGUUUUCAGAUAUGCCCGAGUGGAGGCUUCGGGCGUCGCUUCUUGAGUCUAGUCUUUUUGUACCGCUUCUCCGGAGCCAAAGGCUCGAGGUUCGCUCUGGUGACGAAGUCAACAUGACCAGGGACAGGUACCUCGACCUGAUCGCUUUACCGUGGGUCAGCUACAACGAUAGAAGCGGUUGGUUCCCGUCGACGGCGUGGCAGUACGAGAUGAUUCUAAACUCCAUGCGACACCUGUCAUGAUAUCUUCAUGCAUUACUCGCACUUGGCAAGCCUUGCCAAGUGCCAUAUCACGUGAGCUAUGCUCAUUAGCCGUGACACUCGCCCAUGUAUAGGGUCUCUCUUUUACAUAC